CUCCCACAGUUAGUUUUAAUUGGCUUGGAGUCUGGCUAGAAUCACAGUUGCUUGUGCAGUGCUGGAACAGUGAAGGGAUAUUUAACGUGGCUGCAUAUCCUGGAUGGUUGUUCUAAGUUUCAGUGUACUGUACGAAGAGCAAACAUGAGUCUUUAUGCAAGGAGGGUGACUUUGCCUGCUAUCACCCCGCUGGUUCUGCAGAAAAGGGUGAUUAAAGUCUAUGGUGAAGAUGGCACCAGCAGAGCAUUAGAAGUUCCUAAUGAUAUGACAGCUCAAGAUGUGUGUCAGUUACUUAUUAUGAAAAACCGUUAUAUUGAUGACCAUAACUGGACAAUGUUUGAGCACUUGUCUCACUUAGGUCUAGAAAGAAUCAUAGAAGACCAUGAAUUAAUGAUUGAUAUACAAUCAAACUGGGACAUGGAAGAAGAAUGUAGAUUUUGUUUUCGGAAAUAUUUUGCAAAAUACCAGUUUUUCAAAAAGCCAGAGACCUUUUUUCCAGAUUCAGUGGUGUCAUGUUCAAAUGAAGUUCAUGAUGCAACCACUUCUAAGGAUAUGCUAAAGGUGUUCCUAAGCACAAGUGCCUGUCCUGAAGUUCACAGCUACUUAUACAUGACAGAAAAAGGAAAAAAGUCAUGGAGAAAAGUGUUUUUUGUUUUGCGACGCUCUGGGUUGUAUUUUUCUACAAAAAGCACAUCAAAGGAUCCGAGACAUUUACAGUUUUUCACCGAUUUUCACCAAAGUGAAGUGUAUAUGUUACUCUCUGGGAAGAAGCUUUAUGGAGCACCAACAGACUAUGGGUUCUGCCUUAAGCCUAACAAGACAGGAGGUUCCAAGGAGCUGAAAUUGUUUUGUGCAGACAAUGAAGAGAGUAAAAUCUGCUGGGUGACAGCAAUUAGAUUGUUCAAGCAUGGAAUGCAGAUUUACCAAAAUUACCUCAGACCUCAACAACAGAGUGAUUCAAGCAGCACAUGUUUCUCACCUACGAGAAGCAUAUCAGAGAAUUCACUGGUGGCAAUGGAUUUCUCAGGACAUAAAAGCAGAGUUAUUGAAAACCCAACAGAAGCACUUUCCAUAGCUCUCCAAGAAGGGUUGUUAUGGCGGAGGAAAAGCAGUGGUCGAAUCAGUUGUCAUUGGACUCCUACUUCAUCUCAGAAUUCCUCAAAGAAUAUAGCUGUACAUAUAUCACAGCCUUGGUUCCAUCAUCAACUGUCCAGAGAGGAAGCGCAAAAACUGAUUUUCCAGCAAGGGCUUGUAGAUGGGGUAUUUCUAUUACGAGAUAGCCAAAGUACACACAAGGCAUUUGUCUUGUCCAUGUGUCAUGGGCAGAAAGUAAAACACUUUCAAAUUGUCCCUGUAGAAGAAGAUGGAGACCAGUUCUUUACAUUAGAUAAUGGCCAGACAAAAUUUACAGAUCUUAUACAACUUGUGGAGUUUUACAAACUCAACAGAGGGACACUGCCUUGCAAACUCAAGCACUACUGUACAAAAAUUACCGUCUGAAUUUAUUUCAUUGUGUAUUUUGUAAAUAUUAUGUAGUAAGCAAAUCACAUAGCUCCUCUACUUUCUUACAGAUGCCAUUUUUUAAAUGUUAUUAUUAAGCAAUACUUGUGGAACUGGACUAAACACACUUGUGUUGGGUGUUAUAAGCCUUGUUUUUUGUUAUUAAAUGAGUAAUGUACAUUA